UCUACAUCUAUAAAUUCCAGUACAGAGAGAUCGGAAAACGUACAAGAUAUAACAAACAAUGGCUUCACGCUUCGCCCUAAUUUGCCUCUCCUCCCUCCUCAUUGCGACGCUGUUCCGAUCUUCCUUCGCCGGCGAUGACGUCAGCGGCGGCGCUCAGUCCGACGACCUCUUGAUCCGUCAAGUCGUUGACCACGGCGAGGGCGGCGCCGUCGACGAGAACUCUCUGCUGAACGCCGAUCAUCACUUCGCCGCCUUCAAGAGGAAAUUCGGGAAGGCGUACGCCACGCAGGAGGAGCACGAUUACAGAUUCUCGGUCUUCGAGGCUAACAUGCGCCGCGCGGUGCGGCACCAGAAGAUCGACCCGUCCGCCGUGCACGGCGUCACUCAGUUCUCCGAUCUCACGCCCCGCGAGUUCCGCCAACAGUUCCUCGGCGUCAAUCGGCGGCUGCGCCUCCCUUCCGACGCUCAGAAGGCGCCGAUUUUGCCGACGAACGAUCUGCCGACGGACUUCGAUUGGAGAGAUCACGGUGCCGUGACGGAAGUGAAGAAUCAGGGUACUUGUGGAUCGUGUUGGUCGUUCAGCACCACAGGAGCACUGGAGGGUGCCAAUUUUCUGGCUACAGGGAAUCUGGUUAGCCUCAGUGAACAACAGCUCGUGGAUUGUGAUCACGAGUGUGAUCCAGAAGAAAAGGAUUCAUGUGAUUCGGGCUGCAGUGGUGGACUGAUGAAUAGUGCUUUUGAGUACACACUUAAAUCUGGUGGACUCAUGCAAGAAAAAGACUACCCAUACACUGGCACUGAUAAGGGAGCUUGCAAAUUUGACAGGACCAAGAUUGCUGCCAAGGUUUCUAACUUCAGUGUUGUCUCCCUCGACGAAGAACAAAUUGCAGCCAAUCUUGUCAAGAAUGGCCCUCUUGCUGUGGGUAUCAAUGCAGUUUUCAUGCAGACGUACGUUGGAGGAGUUUCGUGCCCGUUUAUAUGCGCAAAGCGUUUGGAUCAUGGUGUAUUGUUGGUUGGUUAUGGUGCAGGUGCAUUUGCUCCAAUUCGGAUGAAGGAGAAGCCAUAUUGGAUUAUCAAGAACUCUUGGGGACCAAACUGGGGAGAAAAGGGCUACUAUAAAAUUUGUCAAGGCCGCAAUCUUUGUGGAGUUGACUCCAUGGUUUCGACUGUCGCAGCUGUUACUACUUCAUAGUUAAGGUAACUAUGAAUUUGUGACUAAAUAAUUUAUCUCAACCCAUGUAUAUAGAUGUGUUUCCUGCAUUUUCUGACAACCGACGAAGUUACCUUCUUCUUCGUUUUUUCCUUUUUAAUUUAAUGUGCUCUUAUAUUAUUCGGCUAUUCUUAGAACAAACAUCGGAUUCUUUAGUCGCAUGUGACUAAUGAAAGAAUGGAAACGAAUUCGGCAAAAUAGAUUUGUGUUGUUCUCCACUUGUUUUUAA